AUGGCAGACAACACUUCGACCUCGACCACAUCACCCCGGACAGCGACAUAUAUCUUGCUGGCAUGCGCCAUAGCCAGUCAAAUCUUCGAGUACGUCCAGGACUCAUCACUUCCGGAACGAUUCAGCAGCAUCUACUUGUUUGCAGCAUGUUGCUACUGCGUCCACGCCAGUCCCGAACCGACAUAUAAUCCCAAUUUCGAGGUGUUUGUCAUCUUAUGCAUGGGAGUUUCCAGUCAAAUUAUGUGCCUCCGGUCAGGCAGUUCUUGGUUAACGCACAUCAACCACUUACUGGCAACUCUGGCAUUGUACAUUGGUGCUGCGAAACCUUUCCGUCGAAGAGCUGCUACGACGAGAGAGCUGCGCUAG